CGGACUCCCAUUGGCCGGGGCAAGCCGGACGUGAUCCUGCUGCGGGAGGUCGGAGGUGACAGGUGGUGGUAGGAGAGGGGCGAAGCAGGUUCUCGUGGCCGGGGCUCUGAAAGGAUUCAGAAAUGGAAGGGUCUGAAGAUUCCAGGCCCCCAGAGGAAACGCUCCAUCACUUGAAGCUUUCUGAUCACAACAGCGAUUCCGUGACAGCUGGCUCCAAAGAUGGAUGCCUUGCAAGGAGUCAGGAGAGGGGAGAUAUGCAGUCUGCUACCCAGGAAACUGGAGCAACAGAUGAGUGCUUUCAUGACUGUCCUGAAUCCUUUGAGGGCAAGGUGCCCAGAGUAGAUGAAGAAGAGAAGAUAAUGAACAAUGAAGAUUCCUCGGAGAAACGGACCGAAUUAGAUGAAGAAUACUUACUAGAACUGGAAAAAGACAUGCCUGAGGAGGAAAAACAGAAAAGAAGAAAGGAGAGCACGUCGUUAAAGGAGAAAGGAAAUGAGCAGUUUAAGAAACAAGAAUUCGGAGAAGCGGAAGACUCCUACACAAAGGGUCUACGGGUUUGCCCGGCUUGCUACCUAAAAGACAGAUCUGUCUUAUUUUCUAACAGAGCUGCUGCGCGAAUGAAACAGGACAAGACAGAAGCUGCCCUAAGUGACUGUAGCAAAGCACUUGAAUUGGAUCCUAACUAUAUCAGAGCUCUCCUGAGAAGAGCAGAACUGUAUGAAAAGACAGAAAAACUAGAUGAAGCCCUGGAGGAUUAUAAAACAGUCCUAGAAAAAGAUCCUUCAGUACAUCAAGCAAGAGAAGCUUGCAUGCGAUUACCUAGACAAAUUGAAGAACGGAAUGAAAAAUUAAAGAAAGAAAUGUUAGGCAAACUAAAAGAUCUUGGGAACUUGGUUCUCCGUCCCUUUGGCUUAUCAACAGAAAAUUUCCAGAUCAAACAGGAUUCCUCAACUGGCUCCUACUCCAUCAACUUUGUUCAAAAUCCAAACAAUAACAGAUAACAUGUCAGGCCUAGUUCUAUUAAAAAGCUGGCUUUCAAGCUUUGUGACAGUGUGCUUGCAGCUACCAAUAAAAGGAUUCAGUAACUGCUUAGUUUCUAAAAUCACUUUAUCCAAAUUUAAAAUACACGUGAAUCAUGUUCAUAUCACCUUUUGUGAAAUAGUUACAAUUGUGGGUGUAAACCAAGCCAUGACUUCCUCCCCUCCUUUGUAGUAGUAACUUUUGUCCUAAGUGUGGGUUUUUUUCCUGUGCAUUAUUUGACUUGCCAAACAGGGAAGUGGGUCACCUUGGCUCAUUCACUCAGCAACAUAGGCCUAGCAAGCAGUUGGAUGCAAUGCUCGCACAGCUGUAACCAAAGUACAAAACUUAAUGGGUGUCUUAUGGAGCUAGCAAAAUCCAGAAGAGACAGUGUAUUUGAGGAGCAGUCAUCCUCUGUGGCAUUACUUUUCUUCACUGUAAUAAAGGCUUGAUGUUUGUUUGACUGA